CUUCCUUCUCGACAUCUCCUCUCCUCUCCCGGCUCCGGCCUCCUCUCCCGGGGCGACGGCCCCUCUGCCCGCGCGCGAGCACUGUCUCGUGUGUCCGGCAUCCGCCCUUGGCUGCUUGAGCAUCGUCGGCUCUACCGCGGCACACACCCUCGUGGGCCACCCCUUUGUGCCGCAGCCAUGGCCAGCGCACUGCAGCGCCUCUUCCGCAAGCGGGCAAAGGCCCGCCAGGAGGCGCAGAACAGCCAGCAGCAGCAGAUCCAGCAGCAGCUGCAGGAGCGCCAGCAGGCGGCCUUGGCCUCGUCGUCGUCGGCGGCCUCGCGCAAGCGCUACACCAUCUCCGCGCCGCUCUCCUCGUCCUCCUCCUCCAUCCACUCGCCAUCCUCCUCCUUCGAGCAGCAGCCGCGCGGCGCUCCUCUGAGCCCGACGCUCACCGUCUCGAGCCUGGCCUCGUACCGCGGCCCCGAGUCCAGCUCGUCGCACCACUUCAAUGCCUACGCGCGGCCCCGCGCGCAGAGCAUCGACCAGCUGUCUGCACUCGGCAGGGCGUCUAGCAACGCGAGCCAUCGCGGCAUUCCGCAUGAUGAGUUCGGGCGCAUGUCUCUCGUCGCAGCAGCCGACGCCGUCAGCGUCUCAGCGUCUCGAAGCGGCGCUGUGGACAACGCUUCGACCUCUGACGGCGAUGAGGACGACUUCGACGAAAACCCGCUGUACCAGCAUCUCUCCGAGGGCGAGGAGCAUCGCUCCGACUGGGAGGCUGCUCGUCUUGUGCUGCUCCCGCCGGCUCGGGAGCUGCGUGCCAGUCGGGCGCCGCUGGAGGACUCAGCUUGGGCCGCACUGCACGCGCUGCAGCCUUCGCCCACCCAUCGCGACCAUUUUGUCAGCGUGCGACACGCAAGCGACGCCAAGGUGUCCCGGCCAAGCACGCCGCCGGAUGGGCUGCGGGCAUCAGGUCCGGUGAGCCCUACGAACACGAGGCAGGAUCUGCUGCGCGAUGCGAUGGGCGACGACGUACGCGAGGUCCAGCACGAGCCGUCUGCGUGGGACGAUGCAGUCGUGACAGCUAAGCUAGCCGGGGGCCGCACAGUGCACAUCACCUUCAGCAGAGCCGGCCAGGAGGCGAUCGAGCUAGUGCGUGAAGUGACGUCCGAGGUUGUCGUGUACCGCACACAGGCGCGUGCGGCCUCGCCUGCUCCGCCCAGCUCCGACCCCGGCUUCCAAGUCGUCUCGCGGCCGAACACCGCGCCGGCUGGCCGCGAGAAGAUCCGCAUCCGCGUGCUGCUGCUCUCCGGUCUGGUCGUGCCGAAUCAGCUGCAGCGCGGCAACUCGAUUGCGCACCCGUCUGCAGAGCCGAGUCCGGCAGGGAGCAUCGCAUUCCCGACCAGCGCGCUGUCUGACGAGGGCGAGAACAGCCGCGACGCGGACCGCGCGGCACAGCUAUCGCUCAGCACUGAAGUCUUCUCUGCGGCCACUGGCGGCGAGCGUGGCCUGCUUGCAGAUGCGCUGCUGCUGCGCGCCCCACCCGCAACGCUCAUUGCCCUGGCACCGACUUUGCGAUCGAUGUAUGCCGCUCUGGAGCGCGCCGCAAGCUCGCUGCGCAGCUCGUACGUGCUCGUGCCGGGCUUCGAGGGUUACGACUCGGUGCGCAUCCGCCGCGGCGUCGUCGCACCGGCGAUGGAGGUGCUUGACGCCGCGCCGGUCCGCCUCGCAAGUGCCGCGCGCUCCCGUCUUGCGCACAUCUGCGAGAACGUGGCGAUGGGCCUGCUCCACGGACGCCUCUAUGCCGCUGUGCGGGACAGCCAGCGGGAGACGGACGAGAGCGUCGAUGCGCUGCUCAACGUCUACUCGCGCUCAGGCGUGAGCGGAGCAGCACUCGGCAUCACAGUACAGGCUCUGCGCGCUCGGCCCGCUCGUCUCGAUGGUGCGGUAGCGUCGCUGAAGGCGCUAGGCAUCCCGGAUCUCGACUCGGAUGCGCUGCUUGCGCUUCCAGUGCCCGCCCUCGCAGCACUCAGACAAGACAGCAGCCCGCCGAGCGUGCGCACUCCGCAAGACGUCAUCUCAAUCCUACGCAAGACGCUGGCAGCCAUUGGCGACGCUGCAGCCUCUGUCACUGUGGCUAGCAGCCGCGCCAGCCUGAGUGGCAUUGAGGCCGAAGCUACGCCUUUGGGCGCCGAUGAGCUGCUGCCCAUCGUAGUAAGCGUCAUUGUCAGGGCACGGCCGCAGGCCAUGCCCAGCUGCCUCGCCUACGCCAAGAUGUUCGGCAUGAUGGAGGACGCAUCCGCAGAAGCACAGUGGGCGCUCACAACCUUCGAGGCUGCACUAGAGUGGCUCAGAGGUGAUCCGCUCCGCUUGCUGCCCUCCGUAUCCACGGAUGCCAAGUCCAGCGACGGCCACGCGCUCUCACGCAACGCCAGUGUUCGCUCCACGGCGUCGUCUUCCUCGCACGCCCCGCCAAGCAGCAGUCAAAUGACAAGGCCGCCGCUCACAUCGACGUACAGCAGCGGCAGCUGGAGCACGAGUUCCGAAGCCCGUGCGCGACGUGUCUCUCUGCCGGCUGGCGCGCACCUUGGCACCAGCGUCAGCAUGGCGCGCUCUGGCAGCUCGCAAUCUCGCUCUGGCAACGGCAGCGCCGAAGAGGCGCCCAGUAGCCUAGAGAUCAAUGUUCUGCGCAGCAACGACGGCUUCAAGGUGCCUGGCUUGCCAGCCUCACUCGCUGGAUCAGCCCGGAGUCGCGGAAGCCGGCCUCAGAGCGUGCUCGGCAUUCUGGGCGAGGAUCUCGCUAGCGGCGACCCGGCCGCCGAUCUCGCAAGGGACCGUACUUUCAGCCUUCAGCGCCAGGGCUCUGCCCAGUCGAGCAGCCAUUCGGCACUGCAUAUCCGGCCGCAGAUCGUGCGCCGCAAGCCCGUCGCCUCGUCGGCCGCGGCUUCGGCGGCAGAUCGUGCGCUCGCCAUCGAGCGCGCCGCCAGCCUCGGCGCUACCGGUGCUACGUCGCCAACAGUCCGCGUGAUGGGCAGCCCGCUCGUGGACAGCAACCAGACCAUGUCGCGUGCGGGCAGCGAAGGCGGUGUGCAAGUGCCGCGCCCGGUCCGCCGCAUGAGCGUCGACGGCUGGUCCGCCAUGUCGCUCUUCACCAGAGCCGCGUCCGAAGAGGCCGUCUCGCCGGGUAGCAUGCCAAAGACUGCCACGGCGACACCUCACCCGAUUCCAGCUCGGGACACGCACCAGCCGCAGCGCAGCUUGAGCCCAGAAGGGUCAUCCGGCAGCCACGGAGCUCCCGCCGAGUCGCCCGCAAUGAGCGCCUGGCUACCCGCAUGGCCCGACUUUGGCUUGAAUCGCAAGCGCGCCAGCACCUCGCUCAGCCGACCGGCAAGCAUCAGCAGUCUCGAGGGCGGCAUGAGCGCCAGCUCGACGUUCAGCACCAUCCCUCGCUCGAACUCCGGCAGCGGCUUUGCGAGUGCGGCGCUCGACAGUCCCGCCAUCCUAGCUCGAGGAGCUCACGGCUCACUGCCGUCACGUCGGGCCAUGUCUAUCCACUCGGCUGCCAGCGUCGCGGGCGAUGAGAGCCUGCUGGCCAGCAGCCCUACGAGCAUUACGCCCAUGCCAGUGCCUGGUAUCGCGGAGCGCCGCCGCCGCAUCUCUCGGCUCAUGUCGCCCACUGCUCCGGCGCUGGCGCAGCACGCCGCCGCACCGCAGCUCACCUCGCAAGACGUCUCUGCCGCCGGCGACUUCUCUGCACCACGCACGUCGGAGGGCCUCGACUCCGCCUUCUACAAGGCGAUUGUCGCAGCUUCCGGUUCGCCAACCACAAAUACCGAGGGCUUCUCGCCGACCUCCAGCGCACCGCCAUCGCUCGUCGGCACGCCUUCUAACGUCCACUCGCGUGGCCACACCACGCCGCUGUCCGGUUCCAACACGCCCUCCACGCAGCACGGCCACGGCGACAGCUUCUUUCCCUUCCUCCGUCUCUCCGUCCCCUCGCCCGUCUCCGAGCUAGCCGAUCCGCUCGCCUCGAGCACGCCCGUCAUGCGCUCGCACCGCGUGCGCGAAGAGUCGCCGGAGCUGCUCAGUCCCACUGCGGCGCGAGCCGCACCCGCACGAUCCGCCUCGUGACCCUUCCGUUGAUACCUCGUUCCCGCUACCGCACGCGAUACAGAACACACGAUACAUCCCUCGCGCCCGCGGCUGGCCGCGGCGGAGACCAUGAGACCGCACUUUUGUAAUUCUAUCACACACAGACGUAGCCGCCAUCGACGACGAUAUCCU